GAAUUACUGAGUUAUAGGUCCCUCACUCCCUCCUGUCUCUCCUCCCCUCAGGCUGUCUGAUUUCCUGCCCCCCCCCGCCCCCCUCAUCCCGGAGAAGUUGCCAAGGGUUUGGGGGAACAUUCAACCUGUCGGUGAGUUUGGGCAGCUCAGGCAAACCAUCGACCGUUGAGUGGACCCCGAGGCCUGGAACUGCCAUCCACCCAUCAUGACCCCUCCCUUGCAUCCAGCCUGAGCUUCCCCUCCGUUAGGCCCCAGCGAAGGUCACAAUCAACAUUCAUUGUUGUCGGUGGGUUGUGAGGACGGAGGCCAGACCCACCGAGGGAUGAAUGUCACUGUGGCUGGGCCGGACACAGCCGGAGGGGAACGGACUAGGGAGGCAAGACCCACUCACACAAUGGCCUGACCUCAGCCUCUCACCCCGCUGGAGAGGGCUGGCAUCUAGGAUCCUUAUGGACACCGGCCUGAUUUGGGGAAUAAAUCCAGGGGUGCGGGGUGUUGGGAGGCAUCUGUUCCCAGGGGGCUGCGUAAAGAUCUGGGUGAGUCAGUCAAUGAAACCGGGGCGGGGGGGGGGGGGGGGAGCGAGGUAGCAGAGCCCCUUUUCUGGGUUUAGGUCCUGGGCCGGGCACCUGCAGACCUCUGCUUUACCAUUCGGUGCCCACUUAGCCCCUUGGUGCCGGCUGAUCCCUUCAUCUGCCAAGUCUCUGCCCCACCUGGGUAACUCUUGAGGCUUUCAUUUGAGGGGGUGGGGAUCGAGGUGCUGGCCUUUAGCUCAGCCUGUGCCUCUGCUCCCCGCCCCUCCACGCCCCUCCAUGUCCGCUCAGGGCCAGCACCUAGCCUUAGGGGCUAUGGUAACUGGAUGGGGACCGGCCUUUGUGAGGUGUGUACCUCAGGGUGCUCACCCAUUAAAGCGGCCCAUCUAAAGUAAUGCGUGUGAGCUGGGGGUCCCGAUCCUCGGCCUUCCCCCUGAACCAGGCAGCAUCCCCCCUUCCAGAGACUACGGGGGAGCAUCAGCAGCUCCCCCUCUUUCCUUGAAGAGCCCAGGGCCAUCUGGUCCCUCCCCAGUCCAGGGGAAGGAAGACAGAAGUUACUAAGUUACCGACUACCUCAAUGCUUGUCUUUGGGCUGAGGCUUCUGCCUCCCCUCCCCAUCUCCCUGUGGGGCAGGAGUGGCAGGCCUCCUCAGAGAAAGGGUCAGCAGGGGGAGUCCUCCCAAUGCCCUCUGGGGGUGUGUGGCUCCCCACUGUAGGUCCCCCCUGCAGCCUGUGCUCCUGUUACCCCCAUGGCCCCCAGCCCACCGGGAGGCCCUGCAAUCUCCAGCAGGUGCCUUUAUGGGGGAGCGGCAGCAAGCCCCCCUGUGACAAUAGGGAACCUCCCAUCAUCUGCUCCUCCCCCCUCCCACUCCCUUGGAGGUAUAAGGAGGGAACUGACAGCCCAGACUCCUAGGCUCCAGAGAGGGGAAGGAAGCCUCUGAGAGGAAGGGGCAGAAAUAGGAGCGCGGGGGCUGGCAGGGUCCCCUCUCUCUGCCCCUCUCCCCGGCACCCACAUUGCCCAGCUAUGGGAACCUUCGACCUGUGGACAGAUUACCUGGGUUUGGCACGCCUGAUCAGGGCCCUGCGUGGGGAAGAGGAGCCUGAGACCAGGCUGGACCCCCAGCCACAGCCAGCGCCAGGAGCAGGGGCUCAGAGGGCCAGCCCGGAAGUUUCGGCAGCUCCAGAACGCCUGUGCUCUUUCUGCAAACACAACGGCGAGUCCCGGGCCAUCUACCAGUCCCACGUGCUCAAGGACGAGGCGGGCCGGGUGCUGUGCCCCAUCCUUCGUGACUACGUGUGCCCCCAGUGCGGUGCCACGCGCGAGCGCGCCCACACCCGGCGCUUCUGCCCGCUCACCGGCCAGGGCUACACCUCCGUCUACAGCUACACCACCCGCAACUCGGCUGGCAAGAGGGUGUCCCGGCCUGACAGGGCCAGGACGCAGGACUCCGGGCACCGCCGAGGAGGAGCGGGAGCAGGAGCGGGAGCAGCUGGACCAGCAGGAGCAGCGGCCGCAGCCGGUGCAGGUUCCAGAGGUGCCGGGAAGUCUUCGGGACUGUCAUCCUCUUCCUGCUGUCCCUCCACUUCGGCAUAGGAGUCCAGUGCAGGGAGGAUGGAGAUGCUGCCUUCCGCCUGGUAGCAGGACCCAGGCUCGGUGGAAGAUGUAUUUUGGGGAAGAUCCACCUUGCAAGGGCCUGCCCCUGGGCCCUGGAGGCCUGCCUAAGACGGCAGGGCCUGGGACUGCUGCUGAAACAGCCCCCCACGAGGAAGGAGGUGGCCUUGAGUCACCCUGGCCCUGCCUCCCAGCACUGGCCAGCCAGUCAGCACUCAAUAAAUGCUUAUGAAUGGA